CUCUACGUGAUAAAACAUUUUACACACACACGAAUAGAACCUGCGUGACCUGAAAUCAUAAUAGGAUCUUCUUGAACCUCAUGAAGUAAGCCAAAAUCCACAGUUCUGGGAAUUACGUGGAGGCGUUAUCCGGAAUUUAUAUUUACUGAUAGCAAGUAGAGGUGGAUUCACCCCGCUAAAUACGAUUGGAUCAACAGAAGCACCAAAUUUCAAACGACGAAAUAAGACUACAAAUACAAAUACUCGUACACUUAAACAACAACGCAACUUCAAACGGGUCGUCAACACUUCGAGAGCAACAACACCGCCUCAUAUAUUACCAAGCAUUCAAAGAAGAACUCGCCCGUCACCAAUAACGGGAAAUAGCCCAUCUUUGAGUGAACUUGGUGAUUCAACUUCACUCUUUGAUUCGUCUCUUCUGAUCAUUGGUCGAGCAUCCAAUUCAAAUUCAGAAAGGAAAGGAACUGUGGUUAUUCUUGAUACUACAAAAUACGACAGAUAUCCCGUUAAGGAAGGAAACAAAAUGGUUAGAGAAAUAUCUCCAGCAAAGGUGCAGGCACCUCGGCCAGAAGAUCCUAAAGAUCAAUAUCCAUCCUCCCAAAGCAAUGCCGGAAAUCAUUUAUCAAACAUUCCUAGAUUCGGAGAAGCUACACUUCCACAGUCUCCACUGAAUCGCAAAUCUCAGCAACAAUACUCUGAGUUAUUCAUUCAACCAAAAUCUCGUCCCGAAUUUCACAGAGAUACAGAAAAACAUGGUAUGUACUCUGGCGUCAAAUCAACUUACAGUGCUAACCUCUAUAUAGCACAUCCACACUUACAAGCAGCAAAAGAUGCUGCCCGAAAGAUUAUCGACCCCUUUAUGCCACGAGCUCCAGCCGAUUACAACAAGCCAGCAGUUCGUGCACCAGUUCCAGGUUCCUCAUCGUAUGCAACGACUCACCCUGCACCUCCACCUACAUUUGGAUCCCUUCCAAACAGUAAUGGAGGCUUCCAAUCCAUAAAUACCUAUACAUCCAACAAUUACGUGGAUCUUACCACGUCUAAGCCGAAUUACAAUGAGACACACAUUUACGUUGAUCCUGCAAAGGCACAAGAAGAUUUAAAAGCACUUCUGGAGGGCGUUAUAGAGGAUGAGGAAGAUACAAAACCCAGAACCAGAUCACGCAGAAAGAAGAAGAAUGCAGAGGUAGACGACUUGAUGGCACAAAUGAAUGGGCUAAAAGUCGAAUCGGAUGAAAAGCUGGAAGUUGCAUCGGAAGACGAAGAAGAAGAUGAUGGGACUGUCGAAGGAAUUAGUGUCAAACUACUUCCUCAUCAAGUUGAAGGUUUGGAAUGGAUGAUUGGAAGAGAGAUUGGUACAGGAAAGAAAGGCAUGGUACCCAAAGGAGGCAUUCUUGCUGAUGACAUGGGUUUGGGGAAGACAUUACAAUCAAUUUCACUCAUUCUGAGCAACCCUAAACCAUCUAGUUCAGACGAAACUCACAGUAGACGCAAAUUACCUUCCGGUCUGGACAAAUGUACUUUGGUCGUUGCACCUCUUGCACUUAUUCGACAAUGGGAAGCCGAAAUCAAAGACAAGGUUGAAAGCAGCCAUUCUCUUCGUGUGUGUGUUCAUCAUGGACCUCAACGUACGAAACGAUUCCAAGAUCUCAAGAAAUAUGACGUUGUAAUUACAACUUAUCAAAUUCUUGUUUCGGAAUGGGGAAAUUCGUCCAAGGAUGAUGAUGAUGAAGGUGUAAAGGUCGGCUGUUUUGGCAUACACUGGUACAGAGUCAUUCUUGAUGAGGCCCAUACUAUCAAAAAUCGAAACGCCAAAGCUACACAAGCAUGCUAUUCUCUUCGGAGUCACUACCGUUGGUGCUUGACAGGAACGCCAAUGCAGAACAACUUAGAUGAAUUGCAAAGUCUGAUCAAAUUCUUGAGGAUUAAACCAUACGAUAAUCUCCGUGAAUGGAAGGACCAAAUCGAUCGACCAAUGAAAAAUGGUAGAGGUGAUGUCGCAAUCAAGCGUCUUCGUCACUAUUUGCAAAUUUUCAUGAAGCGACGCACCAAAGAAAUCUUAAAGAAGGAGGGAGCUCUGAACCCCGGAGGGAAACCUUCGAUUACUGGACAAGCCAAUUCAACAGGUUUUAAGGUCGUGGAGCGUAAAAUCGAGAAAGUAUUUGCCGAAUUCUCCCCAGAAGAGCGCAAAUUUUAUGAAAGAUUGGAAGCACGUACCGAUGCAAGUAUCGAAGAAAUGAUGGGUGGGAGUAAGGUCAACUACGCAAGUGCGUUGGUAUUGCUACUGCGUCUGAGGCAAGCUUGCAAUCAUCCAAAACUUGUGGGAAAUAAGUUGGGAAAAGAUACCGAUGCUCUUUCAGCAGAAACUAGCAACGCUAAAUCAAAAUCAACAACUGACAUUGAUGAGAUGGCAGACAUGUUUGGUUCUCUAGGUGUAGGCUCCAAGAAAUGUGAGGUUUGCCAAAUCGGGCUUGGUAAAGAAGCUAUUUCGCAAGGUGCAAUUCGUUGUUUAGAUUGUGAAGCAGAUUUGGAUGAGAUAUCUAGUAAGAAGCUCAGCCCAAAGAAAAAGAUGAAGGAAAAGAAUAGCAAGAAGGAUAGGAAGCACAAGGCAUCUAAGCCAGUUCCAAUUCGUAAGCCCAGGAAUAGGAAUAUCAUUGAAGAUAGUGAUGACGAGGAAGAAGAAGGUGAAUGGCUUGUCGGAGAUAAAAAACGUGGUGCUCUUACAUUAGGAAAGGCUGGUGGAAAAGAAGACGAGAAUUGUGAAGGUGGUGGUGAAUGGCUUGACUCAGAUCAUGAUUCAGAUCUUGAUGAUUCUUUCCCUGAUAUCCAAGAUAUUGGCAAGAAGAAGGUUAUUAACCUUGAUAGCGAUGAUGAAGAGACUGCCGAUGAAUCAUUUGAGGAUUCGGAAGAAGGUGAGUCCUCUGAAGAGGACUCUGAAGAGGAGGAGGAAACGGAUGUUGAGGAUGAAUUCGGUUCCGACGAAGAAGCUGAGCUUUCUAGAGUUGCUGCAUCUACUAAGAUUACACAUUUGAUGAAAAUUUUAGGGAAGGAAGCGGCUCAGCAUAAAUUCAUCGUUUUUUCACAGUUCACGUCAAUGUUGGAUCUUGUUGAGCCAUUCUUACGCCAAAAAGGUUUCAAAUACACUAGAUAUGAUGGUGGUAUGAAGAACGAUCUUCGUGAAGCCAGUUUGGACAGACUUCGUAACGAUGAGAAUUGCAGAGUCUUACUUUGUAGUUUGAAGUGUGGUUCUCUAGGACUCAACCUUACAGCUGCUACUCGUGUAGUUAUUCUCGAGCCAUUCUGGAACCCUGUAAGUUCUUUCCAUUGCUCACCUUGCAUUACAUGAUCAGUGCUACUAACACAUACAUCCACAGUUCGUUGAAGAACAAGCCAUUGAUCGUGUACAUCGUCUCACGCAAAAAAUUGAUGUUGUUGUCUACAAAAUUACCAUUAAAGAUACAGUUGAAGAGAGAAUUCUACUUCUCCAAGAAAAGAAACGAGAGCUUGCAAAUCAAACCAUUGAAGGUGGUAAAGGUGGUGCUGGUAAAUUGGGCAUGAAAGAGAUUCUUCAGUUGUUUAGAAGAGAUGCUGAACAAGCUCCACCUGCUGCUGGUGCGUAUGAUCUAGGCGCGAAACCUAGGAUCCUGAAGGAGUCCGCAAGUAGGAGUCCAAGUAAGAGUGCGGCGAAUUUGAAUAGUUAUGGUUCACAGGCUGCGUCGCCGCCAAGAAAGAUUACACCAACUCCAUUUCAAGCUAAGAAAAUAGAAGAUUCGGUUUAUGGUAGAAGAUGGUGAUUUGCUUCAAUAGAAGAGUUUAUUUAUUGGUCGUUUGGUGACGAUUGUUUGUCUAGAUUUUGUCUAUAUAGGAAAUAUCUUGUGAUAGAUUUGGGAUAUAUUGUGGCUAGGUUCCGGAAUGGGUAUCGGACUGCGCUCUGAGAGUUUCUCUGUCCUUCCUCUAGGAUCCUGGAUGGAUAUAUGAUGAUGAAUGGCUGUUUAGACGAGAAAUGAAAUAUAUUAUUAUUUAA